AUGCCAGUCAUUCCUCGGACUGGUUCCAACUCGCUGCACAAUGCGCAGGAAUGUGCGCUCCUCAGUCGCCUCCGCCUCAGUUACGCAUAUUACGGCCAGAUGUUUGCCACCGAAAUCUUCAGAUACAAAAGGAACCAGGGGCGUGAAGGCGUCCUCCAGUCUCCCAUUUCUGACGUUGGGGGCUCCUGUCAGAAAUGCCUCUGUGAGCUGGAGUGUGUCACCAACAUAAGUCUCGCCAACAUCAUCCGUCAACUCGGUAGCCUCAGCAAGUAUGCAGAGGAUGUGUUCGGGGAGCUGUUUGUGCAGGCGGGUGCAUUUGCCAUCAGAGUGAAUACUUUAGGAGAAAGAGUGGACCGGCUGCAGGUCAAGGUCACGCAACUGGACCCUAAAGAAGAAGAAGUGUCUCUGCAGGGCAUCACUUCUCGUAAGGCCUUCCGCAGCAGUCUGACCCAGGACCAGCAGCUCUUCACCCGUCCUUCUCUGCCUGCCCCUGUGCUGGACACCUACAGUGUCUGCAACCCGCCCCCUCCACUCAAUGACCUCAGCAAGUACCGAGAGGAUGGCAAAGAGGCUCUCAAGUUUUACACAGAUCCUUCCUACUUCUUUGAUCUGUGGAAAGAAAAGAUGCUUCAGGAUACAAAAGACAUCAUGAAGGAAAAGCGCAAGCACAGAAGGGAGAAAAAACAUGAUGUAAAUGCAAGAACACUCAAUCCUCGAAAAGUCAAAACCAGAAAGGACGAAUGGGAGCGUCGCAAGAUGGGGGAAGAGUUUGUGGUGCCAAAGGAUGACUUCAUGAAUUCUUCAGAAGGUCUUAAUGGAAGUAUUGCAUCUGGAGAUGGAUACAAUGAUCUUGAAAUGAGUACAAACUCCUAUUCUUAUGAACCUGCAUCUCCUCUUCCCCUACCAAGUGAUGACUUGCCUCCUCCACCUCCAGAUAUGUCAUAUGAUGGACAGUUUGGAACUCCAGCCCACAAAGGUUUAAGUGUGCAGAGUCCAAGUCACCCACCUCCUGCUCCUCCCAUGGCCUCUCCUCCGGCAACCCGUCCCAGUCUGGCUCCACCACCUGCCCCUCCUCCCCCUCCUCCUCCCCCUGGCAUGGCCAUGCCUCCACCUCCUCCUGGGUUUGAGCCGCCACCCUCUCCUCCUCCAAUGACUUCCUCUCCUAGUGCCUAUCCCGCUCCUCCUGCCCCACCACCUCCUCCUAUGGCUAUGGCCGCUGCUCCGCCUCCACCUCCUGCACCCAUGGGAGGCGGUCCACCACCUCCUCCACCACCCCCUCCCCCUCCUGGACCACCUCCUCCAUCUUUUAAUGGGCCUCCACCGCCUUCCUCUGGAGGUGGCCUGGCACCAACUUCCAAACCACAGCGACCUCCAUCUCCUGUCAACGACGCUCGCAGUGACCUGCUGUGUGCCAUCCGUCAAGGUUUUAACCUACGCAAAGUUGAGGCCCAGCGAGAACAAGAAAAGCGGGUUGAUACUGGGAAUGAUGUAGCAGCCAUCUUGUCUCGACGUAUCGCUGUGGAGUGCAGCGAUAGUGAAGAUUCUUCAGAGUUUGAUGGUGACUGGUCUGAUUGA